UCUAAAUUUCAGAACUGAAAGAGAAAACUUGAAUCAAAAUUUUCUUAUUUCGUCACUCUUCUCUUAGUUUAGAUUAUCAGCAAAAUUAUGAUAAGUCCUUACGUUGUAACAUUAUUUCAUCUGCUUUUAUUGUAUUCCUUUGGAUUUUCAGUUGGAUUCAAGGAAUCACGUAAAAGUGGUCAAAGCAACUGCAGAGAGAAGGAGAGACAAGCACUCCUCAACUUCAAACAAAGCCUCAUUGAUGACUAUGGCAGACUGUCUACAUGGACUCAUCAUCAAAAUAAUACAGAUUGCUGCAAUUGGGAAGGCAUUCAAUGCAACCAUCAAACUGGUCAUGUCAUUCUACUUGAUCUUCGUUGUCUGGAUACACAUUAUUUAACAGGUGCAAUCAAUCUCACUUCAUUGAUUCCCUUGCAAUACAUUCAACAUCUAGAUCUCAGCAAUAAUUAUUUUUUGUUGACUCACAUCCCACAAGCCAUUGGCUCUUUCACCAACUUACAAUAUCUCAACUUCUCAUUUUCUGAAUUUAGUGGGAUGAUUCCUUUCCAACUUGGAAAUCUUUCACUACUAAAGUAUCUAGACCUUGGAAGAAAUAGUCUUCAUGGAACAGUUCCUUUUCAGAUUGGGAAUCUUAGACAGUUACAAUAUCUUGAUCUUGGAGAGAAUUCUCUAUCAGGAGAAAUCCCAUUUCAACUUAGGAAUCUCAAGCGGCUACAAUAUCUUAAUCUUGCAAGGAACACUCUUUCUGGAGCUAUCCCUUUUCGGAAUGGGAAUCUUCCUCUCUUACAAACUCUUGGGCUAGGUGGUGAUUUUGAUAUAGAAGCCGAGGAUUCACAGUGGUUGUCUAAUCUCCAUUCUUUAACAAGCCUUCAAUUGACAUCAUUGCGUUAUCUCAGCUUCUCGCGCCAGUGGCUACAAGCUAUCAGUGAACUCAUUCCAAACUUAGUAGAGUUGAGGCUUUCCGAUUGUUCUCUUUCAGAUACUAAUAUCAAAACUUUGUUUCGUUCUCAUUCCAACUUUUCAACUUCUCUUGCUGUCCUUGAUUUGUCUUCUAAUGUGCUAACUUCCACAACAUUUCAACGGUUAUUCAAUUUUAGCCUUCAUCUACAAGAGCUUUAUCUCACAGAUAAUGACAUUGCCUUGUCAUCUUUUCUUUAUCCAAAUUUUCCAUCUCUUAAUAUCCUUGAUCUGUCUAUAAAUAAUCUAACAGCAUCAGUAUUUGGAGAUAAUUUUAAUGUUGGCUCCAAACUACGGGAGCUUCGUUUGNACGCCGCACGACCUGCACAGACUCGUGUCUCCAUGGCCAUUUGCCUAGUGGGGAAUGGAUAUUGUCGGCCCAUUUCCCCCAGGCAGGGCUCGGAAGAAGUUUCUCCUCGUGGCGGUCGACUACUUCAGCAAGUGGGUCGAGGCCGAAGCCCUCACAACCAUUACGACGAUGCGAGUGCAGAAAUUUUGCUGGAAGUUGGUAUGUCGGUUCGGGCUCCCCUAGGCGAUUGUCACGAACAACGAGCAUAG